AUGGCUUUGAUCGGAGAGGCCCUCAUCUCUGCUACCAUCCAGACGUUGUGUGACAAAAUUGCUUCGCCUGAGUUCACCGACUUAUUUCGGCAGAAAAAGCUCGAUGAACAACUCCUCAACAAGCUGAAGACGACGGUGUUGACCUUGUCCGUAGUGCUUAAUGAUGCAGAGGAGAAGCAAAUUGAGGAACCUUUAGUGAGAGACUGGCUUGACAAUCUCAGACAUAAUGUCUUGGCUGCGGAGGACUUACUGGAUGAGAUCGACACUGAAGCUUUGCGAUGCAAGCUGGAAGAAGGUGAAGGUCAAACCCACAAUUUAACCAAGAAGGUACGUGAUUUUUAUCAACGCAUGAAUGUUGAGAUGAAAGAACGUGAUUUUUAUCAACGCAUGAAUGUUGAGAUGAAAGAUUUAUUAGAAAGAUUAGAACAAUUUGUACAAGAGAAAAGUGCUCUUGGUUUGAGAGAAGGUGCUGGGAGGAAGGUUUCACAAAGAAGAACAACUUCCUUGGUUCAUGAACCUUGUGUCUAUGGUAGAGAUGAAGUCAAAGAAAAUCUAUUGCAAAUUUUGUUAUCUGAUGAUGCAAGCAAGGAUGAUGUGUCUGUCCUCACCAUUGUUGGAAUGGGUGGGGUUGGCAAGACAACGCUUGCCCGACUGCUUUACAACGACGAUCAGGUGAAAGAACAUUUUCCACUUCACGCUUGGGUUUGUGUUUCGGAAGACUAUGAUUCUAAUAGGAUAACUAAAACUCUUCUAGAGUCAGUCACUUCAAAGUCUUCUGAUAAGACAGAUCUAAAUUUGCUUCAAGUUGAAUUAAGAGAACAACUCCAGGGAAAUAAAUUCUUAUUUGUGUUGGAUGACCUAUGGAAUGAGAAAUAUGGUGAUUGGAAACGCCUCCAAACUCCUUUUACUUCUGGGGCAAGGGGAAGUAAAGUCAUUGUAACAACACGGAGCCAACAUGUAGUAUCUGUCCUGCAAAGUGUUCAUGUUCAUCACUUGGAACCCUUGUCGCACAAAGAUUGCUGGUUCUUACUUGCAAAACAUGCAUUUGGAAAUGAAAAUUGCAGUGCUCCAAACUUGGAAGAAAUUGGCAAGCAAAUUGCACGCAAGUGCAAUGGGUUGCCUUUAGCUGCAGAAACACUUGGGGCUUUGUUACGUUGCAAUAUAGAUUCAGAGGAAUGGAAUACAAUACUAAAUAGCAGUAUUUGGGAGCUACCCUGUGAUAAAUGUGACAUUCUUCCGGCUCUUGGGUUGAGUUACCAUUAUCUCUCCUCCCAGUUAAAACGAUGCUUUGUUUAUUGUUCAAUUUUUCCAAAGGAUUAUGAGUUUAAAAAGAAAGAUAUAGUUCAAUUCUGGAUGGCAGAAGGUUUAAUUCCAAAAGCCGAGAACGGAAAGAGCAUAGAAGCAGAAGCUAGAAAAUACUUUGAUGAGCUAUUGGCACGAUCACUAUUUCAAAAGUCAAGCAAAUUCGGUUUCACAAUGCAUGACCUUAUUAAUGACUUGGCCAUGUUCAUGUGUAAGGCGUUUUGCCGUAGGCUGGAAGGGGGGGAAUCACAUGACGUAGAAAAAGUUCGGCAUUUUUCAUAUGCUAUGGAAAGAUUUGAUGCAGCUCCAAAAUUUAAGCCAUUAAAUAGGGCUAAGUUUAUGCGGACCUUUCUACCCAUAUCUUUAAAUGGUUUCCCUUCUUAUGUAACUAAAAAGGUUCUACAAGAACUGUUGCCGUCACUAAGAUGUUUACGGGUGUUAUCAUUGUCACAUUAUCAAAAUGUCACUCAGUUACAUGAUUCUAUUGCAAACCUCAUUCACUUGCGCUACUUGGAUCUUUCCCAUACCGCAAUUGAAAGGUUACCUGGGGUACUUUGCAAUCUCUGCAACUUGCAGACAUUACUAUUGUCAAAUUGUUCCUCACUCCUUGAAUUGCCUGCAGAUAUUAGAAAAUUGAUUAAUUUACAGAAAUUGACGUUGAGAGGUUGUAGGUCUCUUAAUAAAUUGCCUGUGGGCAUGAAGGAGUUGAUUAAUUUGCAUCAUCUUGAUGUCAGUGAAACUAAAAUUGAAGAGAUGCCGGUGCAAAUGGGUAGACUGAAAAGUUUGAGAACAUUGACUGCAUUUGUUGUGGGCAAAUCUACUGGGUCAGGCAUAAGAGAACUGAGGGAGUUCCCGCAACUUCGAGGAAAACUAUCAAUUUUGAAGCUACAAAAUAUAGUUGACGCGAGGGAUGCACUGCACGCCAAUAUGAAGCACAAGAAAGAUCUCAAGGAGUUAGAGUUUUCAUGGGGUGCGGAGGAUGCUGAUGAUUCCCAAAAGGAGAAAGAUGUACUUGAUAAGCUCCAGCCUUGUGUGAAUUUGGAGAAAUUAACCAUCAGAUUCUAUGGUGGAACCAAUUUUCCGAAUGGUUAG